AUGUCAGACUCUUCGUCCCCAUUGCUCUCUACUCGAAUGAGGCUCCCUUCUCCAACUCCAACUCCACCGACUCAUUUUUUAUCGCCUCGACCAAAUUAUCUUUCCCCUUCACCAUCACUACCCCCGUUAUCACCACAACCUAACGAUUUUGAUCCUCGACCUAUUCCACCUAUGUCACCCACGCUUUUGGCUGCGGCGUUACCUUAUCUUCCUGUUCCGGAUUUGCCGACUGUUAUUCCGGCAACGGCCCGUGAUGAUGGUGUUUCAAGUUUAAUUUCUCAUUUGGGUAUCGAAAAUCAAUCCUUGAAUGAUACAAUUCUUUCGCAUGCUCAAAAGAUUGCUGAUUUAGAAAUUCAACAACGCCGUUAUCUCAAGCUUUUCGAUGACUUGAAGUCGCUUCUACCUCUCAGCUCCCAAUUCAUGAAGGUCAAGACCGAUUCAAGUGAUCAAUUCCUUCAGGUGCGAAAUGCUAUCGACUCUGUGAACAAUUCUACCGCUUCGCGUUUGGAUAGUGUGGAGGGCUUUGUUUCUCAGUCUAUCACACACCCGCCUAUUCAGCCUAAGUCUUUUCGAGAUCCACCCUAUCUCUCUCACAUUUAUUUUUCUGGAGUUUUGUCAGAAACUAAGGAAUUUUGUUUUGCUAUGAGGCAUUCUUUAGAGAUGCAUGGUGAUAAUCUUCAUAGUGAAAAACAUAAAGUAAUGUGGAUCGCUGGGUAUUUUCGCAAGCCGGAUGGGAAGCUGGGCGACUAUUGCGCUUCAUACGUUUGGUGGCGUGGUCUAAUGGCGAAGAACGCUCAUCAUCAAAACCUGGAUCCGAACACCGCGUCGUCUAAAGCAGCGUUUCUGUUAGAAGAGUUGUUAUCGGGGGAGGCUUUUUUGGUCGCUAUCGAAACGACGUUUUCAAAUCACAAGGGUGAAGAAGAGGCUCGGAAAUCGUUACGUGUGAUGAAGCAAGGCAACACGUCGAUCGAAGAAUUCAACGUCUCGUUCAAUUCUUUGCUCUAUGCGGUCGACCUCUCCGAAGCAUCGAAAUGCGACUUGUAUGACGAAGCCAUCAAUCCAAAGAUUGUUCAACUUGGGUUGUUGCGAGGUGGUUGGAACGGGGUGACAGACUUGGCGAAAAAGCAGGCAAUGGCUGUAGAAUUGGCGGCUGAUGUUCCGGGUGUGGCGAUGAUAGAUCGCUUGAGUCAGAAACCUCAACCUAUUGUUCAGAAAAUUCAACUUCCGCCCAAGCCUGAUUCUUCCAAAGCACCUCCCAGACUCUUGGAUGGAGUUCCGAUGGAUAUCGAUGCUAUUGCCGCUGAGCUGGGUUCCACUUACGACGCUUAUCGUCAUGAGUGCGUUCUUCAACAUAUUUGUCACCGUUGCGGUGGGCGAUACGAUUCGGCUCAUUCGGAUGCUCGUCGAUCCCCGGUGGAACGAAAUUCUCAAUUGUCUAAGCCUCAAAUUUUGAGCAUUUGGAGGGAUUGGGGUGGAUCGGACGGAAUCGAAGGCCAGUCUUCGCGAGGAUCACAAUCCAUCUCGGCUAUUGAUUGA